AUGCUGAUGUCCACCGUCGGGACCUACGUGGCUCUCUCACCUCCAAAUACUAGUGGCCCUAGCUCCAAGCCACCUUCUUCAGACAACGACGACCUCAUCCGCCGACUGAACCUCACCAACAAGCACAGCACCAAGAUUGCUCUGGCUCCGUUGGGUCUCGUGGCGCUGCACACCUCAGGCCUGGCGCUCCUGCACCCACACCCACCACCUUUCCUCCUGCGCCACGGCAUCGACAACAGUCUCAGUCCAGACCUCAUCGCCUGGUCGACCGCCACGGCCGUCCCACUGUCACUGAUUCUCUGCGUCGGCAUACCCCUGCGCUUGAUCCCAUACGCCGCGCUGGCCAAGGACUUUACCUUCGCUCUCACAAAGCCCACGCGCCUGAAUACGAGCGGCAUCUACUCCUUCGUGCAGCACCCCAGCUACGUGGGUAUUCUGGUGUUGGUGGCGAGCAACGUGGCGCUGUUCGGCCGCCCAGAUGGCGUGUUUGCCUGCUGGAUUCCUCCGUCAUGGUACCCCGUAGCACGACAGUCAAUCUGGCUGUUGGAGGUUGCGAGCUUGGCACUGAUGCUGCUGGUGAUUCGGACACGAGUCCAGCAGGAGGAGAGGAUGUUGAAGAAGGAGUUUGGCGAGAAAUGGGAGAGGUGGCAUGCCAGAACGGCGAGGUUCAUUCCUUGGGUCUUCUGA